AUGGACAAUAGUAAAUUAACAAUUGCUACUAAUGUAAAACCUCAUGCUAUUAAAACACUUGAUCAUCCUCCACCAGUAUCCAAAUUAUAUUAUUCUACUUCAAGUAAACAAGAAGAAAUGUAUAAGAUAAUACAAGAAUUAUUGCAUUUUGGAUUAAUUCGUCCAUCUGAUUCUCCAUAUGCAGCACUAGCAUUACUGGUAGCUAAGCACGAUGGUACAUGGAGAAUGGUAGUCGAUUAUAAAAAAUUAAAUAAUAUUACUAUUAAGGAUAAUCAUCCAUUACCCAAUAUGAAACAAGCAAUACAAUUAUUAGGUGGUGGUUAUAAAUUUUUUUCCAAACUUGAUAUGAAGAGUGGAUUUUGGCAAAUUCCAAUUAAAGAACAAGCCAAAUUUAAAACUGCAUUUAUUACACCAGAUGGUCUUUUCGAAUGGAAUGUGCUGGCUCAAAGUCUCAAGAAUAUCCCACUAUCUUUUCAACGAGUAAUGACUGAUAUAUUAUCUACAUGUCGGCAAUUCUCGUUGGUUUAUAUUGAUGAUAUCGUGGUGUGUUCUCGUUCAUUUGAAGAACAUCUCAAUCAUCUUACACAAGUAUUAUCUGCUUUAUCCAAACAUAAUUUUCAAUUUAACCCGAUCAAAUAUAGUAUUUUUCAUCAACAAAUCGAUUACUUAUCUCAUACGAUAUCUAAACAUGGUGUUAAAUCAACCAAUGAAAAAAUUCAAGCAAUUAUUAAAUUACGACAACCUACUAAAUUAGCUGAAGCAAAUAAAUUUCUUGAUGCUCUUUCGUAG